CAAUUAUUGUCCCAUCCAAAAACUCGAGGCGGAGAACAAGGUCUCUCGGCCGCAAACUAUAACUAUCACCCACUGUUGACCACAUUAUUUAUCUCCCACCAUGCAAGGACGAUCGUAUCUCAAGUAGGUCGAAGCACUUGGAGGAGGCGCCCACUACGAUGGUUGAAGCUGAUUCUAAGGUUCCCCAGCACAUCCUUGUGAUCGGCGCCGGCGCAUUCGGCUUGGGCACGACGCUUUCGCUCCUCUCCAAGCCAGCUUACAAUGCGACCCGAAUCACCAUCGUUGACUCCUCCACGCAACUUCCGAACCCCUCGGGCUCGUCCGUCGACGCCAACCGGAUCGUCCGCGCCGAUUAUGCCUACGUGCACUACUCCCGCUUAGCCAUCGAGGCGCAGAAACUCUGUCGCGACACAAGUGCCCAAGGAUGCGGUGGGGAAGGACGGUACCAUGAGCCCGGCUUCGUGCUCACCGCGGACGCGGGCCAAGGCGCAUAUGUGAGCCAGGCCCUGGAUUCUGUGCUCAGUCUUGCUGCGGCGGAUGGCGGGCUGGAUCUAAGCAAGAUAAAAGAGUUGCAUUCUCAAAACGACAUCCGGAAAGCUACAGGCUAUGAGGAGGUCAGUGGAAGCUAUGGCUAUGCGAACUACAACUCUGGCUGGGCUGAUGCAGAAUCCUGUGUAGCGUAUGCUUUGAAGAGGAUACAGAAAGAAGGCGGUGAUCGAGUGACUAUCAAAAGUGGUGCAAGAGUUGAGAGGCUAUCGUUCUCAGGGGAUGAGUGCACCGGCGUCGAGUUGGCCGACGGCGAGAGCAUAAAGGCAGAUUUGGUUAUCCUGGCAGCAGGAGCAUGGAGUCCGACUCUGAUCGACCUUCAAGGCAGGUGUCUAGCAACCGGUCAAACGCUCGCGUUCAUCGACAUCACCGACGAAGAGCAAGCGGCUAUGGCAGACAGACCAACAAUCAUGAAUCUGAGCCGCGGCAUGUUCAUCAUUCCACCUCGAGACAACAAGCUGAAAAUCGCGAGGCACGGGUUUGGAUAUAUAAACCCUGUACAAAUCCCGAGACGAAAUAUCCAACCGCGUCUAGCAAAUGGAGAAAUCACCCCAGAACGAUAUGAAUAUGUCGACGUGAGCGUACCAAAGGCCGGGGUUCCGGUACCCCUGGAAGGACAAGAAGCCUUACGAGAAGCACUACAUGAACUAGUCCCGCACAUGGCAGAUCGGCCGUUCACCCGGACGAGGAUAUGUUGGUAUUGCGACACACCGACCGGCGAUUUCCUCAUAACAUAUCAUCCACGGCAUAAAUCGCUCUUUUUGGCCACAGGAGGCAGCGGACACGGCUUCAAAUUCUUCCCCGUAAUAGGAGACAAGAUCGUCGACGCGAUCGAGGGCAACUUAGACCCCUUAUACGCCCGAGAAUGGCGCUGGCGGUGCGACGAGGAAUUGCAGAAGAUAUACGGACCAGAAGGGUUCAUAGGAUGUGAGGAUGGCAGUCGAGCGGGUCCGAAAGGCAUGGUGCUUGAGGACGAGAUGGCCCGGACUCGGUAGCAAUCCGCUCUGCUGGCUCGCAGUCUUUGAUCAGACUGACUUGCCGCGAGGUACGAUCGAUCGAAUAAAAUCAAGGCCGAGCCGUGACCUAGCUAUGACCCAGCUGCGACUAUGGUGCCUUCUAGCACGAAAUAUACUGCUGCUGCUCAAAGAACUCUGCAAGGAUAGUAAGAUUCACUGCAGCGUGCCGGCUCUGUCCGUCAUCGUCUUG